AAGCACUCUCCCAGCUCCAUCUGUGUCAGCAGCGUUUUAGCAGUUCUUUCACGUUAUACUCACCCGUUUGACCACGAUGAUGUCCGGUCUCGAGGAGUCACCAAAGUGUUAAAUGUCUGAAACACAAAGCCGCCGAAAUUCUCAUGUGCAAACAAGGCAGGAGAACAAGAUCCGAUGUGCCAAGGAGAGCUCAUAACCCGGAGUUAGACCCGUGCAUUUGUGUUUUUCUAGCUUAGAGUAAAGCAUUUCAACCCAGUCUUCAAGCUGGCUCACUGUCUCCCGACCCAGCCCGCUUUGACAGCUGUCCCGCUCUGGAGGACCGUCAGCAGCAGCAGCAGCAGCAAGAGGAUGGCAUCAGAGCUGGCACUGAGCAGCUCCGACCUGCCCACCAGUCCCCUGGCCAUGGAAUAUGUUAAUGACUUCGAUCUGAUGAAGUUUGAGGUGAAGAAAGAGCCACUGGAGCCCGAUCGCAGCAUCAGCCAGUGCAGCCGCCUGAUCGCCGGGGGCUCCCUGUCUUCCACCCCUAUGAGCACGCCCUGCAGUUCAGUUCCGCCCUCGCCGAGCUUCUCGGCGCCCAGCCCGGGCUCCGGGAGCAGCGAGCAGAAGGCGCACCUGGAAGACUUUUACUGGAUGACGGGCUACCAGCAGCAGCAUCAGCUCAACCCGGAGGCGCUGGGUUUCAGCCCCGAGGACGCGGUGGAGGCGCUCAUCAACAGCACGCACCAGCUGCAGAGCUUCGACGGCUAUGCGCGAGGGCAGCAGUUCGGCGGAGCGGCCGGCGCGGGAGGUACGAUGGCCGGGGAGGAGAUGGGCUCCGCCGCCGCGGUGGUGUCCGCAGUCAUCGCAGCCGCCGCGGCGCAGAACGGGGCGCCUCACCACCACCACCACCAUCACAACCAUCACAGCCACCAGCAGCACCCGACUCCAGGGGUCCAGUCCAGCGGCGGCAACCCCGGCAGCAGCCACCACCAGCACCCGCACCUUGACGACCGCUUCUCGGACGAGCAGCUGGUCACCAUGUCCGUGCGCGAGCUCAACCGCCAGCUGCGCGGCGUCGGCAAAGAGGAGGUGAUCCGCCUCAAACAGAAGAGGAGAACCCUCAAAAACAGAGGCUAUGCCCAGUCGUGUCGCUACAAGAGGGUCCAGCAGAGGCACGUCCUGGAGGGCGAGAAGAGCCAGCUCAUGCAGCAGGUGGACCACCUCAAGCAGGAGAUCUCCAGACUGGUGCGCGAGAGAGACGCGUACAAAGAGAAGUACGAGAAGCUCGUGAGCAGCGGCUUCCGAGAAAACUCGUCGAGCAGCGACAACAACCCCUCAUCCCCGGAGUUUUUCAUGUCUUCCAGAAAGUUUCUUCAUCUGUGACUGUGAGCUGUGAGCUCCCUGAGCCUGGUCUUGAGGAGUGAGGGGCAGGCUUAUCUGAUACCACAAUAACAGAGCAUGGAAAAACUCAUUAUACCAAUCAAGCGACCAACCAACUGACCAUCUAUCCAUCCAACCAACAAUCCAUCAAUCCAACCAACAAAACAUCAUCCAUCCAUCUAUUUUUCCAACCAAAUGUCAGGCCAUCCAUCCAUCCAUCCAUCCAUCCAUCAUCCAUCCAUCCAUCCAUCUAUCCAAUCAAACAACCAACCAACCAACCAACCCAACCAAACAUCUAUCCAUCCAACCAUCCAACCAACCAACCAACCAAACAUCCAUUCAUCCAUCCAUCCAUCCAACCAAACGUCUGGCUGUCUAUCCAUCCAACCAACCAACCAACCGAACAUCCAUUCAUUUAUCCAUCCAUCCAUCCAACCAAACUUUCGGCCAUCCAUCCAUCCAACCAUCCAACCAACCAACCAAAUGAAGAAACAUCAAUCCAAUGACGAAACUUCCAUCCAACCAACCGUCCAUCCAUCCAUCCAUCCAAACAGCCAACCAACCAACCAUAGAUUGUGAUCAGAAUUUAUGUCUGUAAAAAUGUAACAAGUACAGAUGUUGGUAAAGAUGUAACAUGGAAACAAAGUUAAAUAUAAUUCUGCUCAUUGAUAUUUAGUUUACUUGCUACUUAGCAUCUUAAACAAAACUCUGAUCAUCCUA